AUGAAGGAAAAUGAGAGGUUGAAGAUGAAGAUUGGGAGGAUGAAUAACAGUAACAAGAAGAAAGGGAUCGAUGAGAAAAAGAAGAAAGCUAUCAACAGAAAAAGGUGGGCGACAGUGCAGCUGCAAGAAGUCUGGAACAAAAAGAACAAGGUGUGCAACGACGAGGCUGCUGGAACAGAAGAAAAAGUUAAUCAAACUUUUCAACGAGAGGAAUAUUUUCAAGAAUUGAGGAAGACGAAAGGAAUUCUUCUUCAGCAGAUCAACAAACACGCUGUUAAGACAAUUCACAGUCCUGAUGGUGAUAUCAUCGAUUGUGUUAUGAUUCAUAAACAACCUGCUUUUAAUCAUCCUUUAUUGAAAGGACAUAAACUAUUGGAUCCUCCAGAAAUACCAAAAGGACAUAAUCAAACUGGUAUUUUGAGUGACAAUUUUCAAUUAUGGAGUUUAUCUGGCGAAUCAUGCCCUGACAAAACAAUUCCAAUUUUAAGAAAUAUCAAGGAUGGUAUCAUGUCAAAACCUAGCUCUCCUAAUAUAUUUAAAAGAGAAUCAAUUAAUGAGUUUCCAACAGCUAAACACGAGUAUGCAAUUGCCGAAGCGAGUGAGGGUGAGUACUACGGAGGAAAGGCUAUCUUUAACGUGUGGGAACCCUAUGUGUCAGAUAAUGAAUUUAGUCUAGCUCAAAUAUGGGUCGUCUCAGGCUCAACAGUUGUCAACAGCCUUGAAGUUGGUUGGCAGGUGUAUAAAGGGCUCUACGAGGACAAUCUCCCUAAAUUAUUUGUCUAUUGGACGGCUGAUACAUAUAAGACGACUGGAUGCUACAAUUUAAAAUGUCCGGGUUUUGUUCAAAUUAACAAUAAAAUUCUACUUGGAGGAACACUUACUAAAAUUUCUACAUAUAAUGGAAAACAAUUUGUUUUUACCGCAAUGGUCUGGAAGGAUUCAAAGACUCAGAAUUGGUGGCUUAGGAUUGGAACUGAGAUAAUUGGGUACUGGCCAUCCUCCUUGGUUCCACUCUUAAAGAAUCAUGCAAGUAUUGUUCAAUUUGGUGGAGAAAUAGUGGAUACUGGGCCAAUAUGGUAUCACACUAACACUCAAAUGGGUAGUGGGAAUUUUCCCAACGAAGGUUUUCGAAGAGCUGCAUAUGUUAGAACGCUACAAGUUGUGGAUUCUAACAACUACUUGAAUCAAAUACCGAAUCCAUAUUUUGAAGCAACAUUCCCAAAUUGUUAUGAUAUAAAACAAGGGUUUAACAAUGUGUGGGGCAAAUACUUUUACUAUGGUGGACCUGGCCAAAAUAGUAAAUGUACCAGAGGGAACAAAUAAUAUAGAGGUAGAAGUAUA